AUGCCCGACGCAACCCCACGGCGCGUCAUCGCCGAGAAAUCACGCACCGUGCGACGCCGCUACCAACGCAGCAACAAGGUAUUCCAAUUCACGCCGGAGCAGCUACAGCGCAUAGAACGGGAGCAGGAGCGCGAGCGGCGCGCGAAGCAGUUGCGUGAGCGAGAGAAGAAGCGGAUUGCGAACAAGAAGAAAAAGAGCGAGCAGGAAGCCCGCGCAAGGGAGGAGCGCAAGAAGCAUGGGUUGCCGGAUCCAGAGGUCGCAAAUGUGUCGUCUAGCCAGCCUUCGUUGGCGAGGUUUUUGGGGAUGAAGCCGCCGCCACAACAGCAGACCAGGCGGGACGUUGAGAGGAGUGACGUGGCGAGUGCUACAGGUACUACGGAGAAGAAGGAGAAGGAUAGCGACAGUGAUGGGGAUACGGAGGUUGAUUCGGAUGCAUUUGGGGAUUGGGAUGAGGAGAUUGGGCCGGCGCUAUGUGCCAUCCAAGAUGCGGGCGUCUUGGAGAAUGCAGAUGCAGAUUUGGAGAAAGAGGAAGAAGAGAAUGCCCCCGCCAAGGAAGAUGACGAGUUCUCUGAGUGCUCAGCCUUCUACGAUGAGGAGAUCCUUAAAGAAGCUGAUGCCGCUGCCACUGCCACCGGACCGAGCGCAGACGACCGACCUGCAACCCAUUCUACAAAUAGUCCACCUACAACACUACACCACCCGCCAGCAGUAGCGGCGCCAAUCGCAUCCCUCGGUUCCUCGUUUCGAGACGAGACGGCGGAUUUCCUAGAAGAAGUCUUCUCGCACGGCGGCGCAGACCCAUUUCACGAAUUGAUCCAGUUGGAUACGAGAUCAUGA